GGGCCUUGCGACGGUUUGAAAGCGCCAUGCGCUGAGCCGAGUGGCGCUGCUGCCGCUGAGAUGUCGGUGCUGAGGUCGAUGGACAAACUGCCCGACCUGAACAGGGCUACCGUCUUGCUGGUGAGCACCGAGGAUGCGCUUCUGCAGCAGCUGGCGGAGUCGAUGCUCAAAGACGACUGUGCGUCCGAGCUGAGGGUCCACUUGGCCAACUCCCUUCCUCUGCCCUCCAAUGUGAACCGGCCCCGAAUUGACCUGAUUGUGUUUGUGAUUAACCUGCACAGCAAAUACAGUCUCCAGAAAGUGGAGGAGUUUCUGCAGCACGUGGACAGCAGCUUCUUCCUGGGGAAAGUGUGCUUCCUUGUCACAGGGGCGGGACGGGAAAGCCACUGCAGCGUCCACCAGAACACAGUUAUAAAACUGGCCCACACCUACCGAAGCCCGCUGCUCUUCUGUGAUUUACAGGUGGAAAGCUUUCGUGCAGCCAUGGCGCGGCGCCUGGUGCGCAUUCUGCAGAUCUGCGCUGGCCACGUGCCGGGCGUCUCCGCACUGAACCUGAUGUCCUUGCUGCGGAGCCCCGAGAACCCCCCAUCCAAGGAGCUGUGAGCACUGCUGCCCUCCACACGUUUGCUGCCAGUUCCAAAAGCAGCCACUAUUGGCGAAGACCAGUCAGGGCCUGACAGGCCCAGAGGCAGCCUGCUCACUGCAGGACUGAGCUCCACCAGGGAGGUCUGCUGGGCAGGAGUCGGGGAGAGAGCCCAGCGAGACCCCAGCAGCCUCCCGUUUCUCGUCUCACCCCACAGAGGUCCCAUCUGCGCCUGUCUACCAUCAUAAUCCACCUAAGAUUUUAGAACAAAAAGCCUUGGCUUUAAAAAGAAAGAAAGAAAGAAAGAAAGAAAGAAAGAAAGAAAGAAAGAAAGAAAGAAAGAAAGAAAGAAAGAAAGAAAGGAAAUGUGUUGUAGAUGCAGAAACUGACUCAGUACAAUUGCGGGGGCAGAGUGUGGCUUCCAGGAGCCCAGGGAAAAUGUCAUGUCCAGGCCCUGCGUUUCUUCCAGCCUGGCUGUUGUAUUCUGGUGCCCGUUUUUCCUGUAAGUGGAGCUGGUUCUACUCACGUUGAGAGGAUUGAAGGAAAUGACAGGUGGCUUGCUGCCCAAGACCACAUUGCUCCCUACAACUUGUCGGUCUCUCUUGUAGAUCACACACAGUGUCAUGCCUCACACUGUAACAGCAAGGCCAUCAGCAAGCUACCAAUCACAUUAAAAAAAAAAAAAAAAGCAAU